UUUAAAACAGGGAUCGGAAUAAAUUCUUCGGAAAACGAUGAUAUAACUUAGGAGUGACCUUACCUUGAUACAUCUGCUUUUAUUUUACCAAAGAGUAUGUAUGUAUGUUAGCACUCCGUCGCUUACGACGUCGAGGGUUCCAGUAGAUCCGAUCAACGGAACAGCCUUGUGAAAUUAACGUGCAAGUGGUUGAGCACUCCACAGACACGUGUACCCUUAACGUAGCUCUCGGGGAUAUUCAGCGUGACACAGUGUGACAAGGUUGACCCUUUGAAUUACAGGCACAAGAGAAACAGGAAGUAAGAGAAAGUUGUGGUGAAAGAGUACAGCAGGGUUCGCCACCAUCCUCUGCCGGAGCUUCGUGGGGCUUUAGAUAUUUUUCGCUCAAUAAACACUCACAACACCUGGUCUGGGAAUCGAAACCGCGAUCCUAUGACCGCGAGUCCGCUGCCUUAACCACUGGGCCAUUGCCCCUCACUUCCAAAGAGUAAUAAGACAUAAUUAGGGACAUUCGAUGUGAGAAUCGGAAUCGAAUCGCUGUCAACUUUCGUUGUGCUACGCAUCUGUGUUUUGACAAGUAUAUUGUAACCUACAGCUAUGUUGUCAAACCUAUUAGUUUGCCUACUAUUUCUUACUUGUGCCAAUAGUCUUCAUUUCUUUGACCAACAAAACUUUGAACACAGAAAGAAUGUGCUGUUCAUUGUUGUUGAUGACCUUCGACCUACACUUGGUUGUUAUGACAACCCAGUGGUAAUAACACCAAAUAUUGAUCAGCUGGCUUCAAAAUCAAUAAAAUUUCAGCGAACUUAUGUCCAACAGGCUGUCUGUGGUCCAAGUAGAACAUCUUUCUUAACAAGUCGUCGCCCUGAUACAACCAGAUUGUAUAAUUUUGGAUCUUAUUGGAGGAAAGCAGCUGGAAAUUUCACCACUUUACCCCAAUAUUUCAAGGACAAUGGUUACUUUACAGUUUCAGUGGGAAAAGUAUUCCACCCAGGACGUUCAUCAGGUUUUACAGAUGACUACCCAUACAGUUGGAGCAUACCCCCAUACCAUCCACCAACAGAGAAAUAUAAGAUGGCCAAGGUGUGUCCUGGAGCAGAUGGGAAACUUCAUAUGAAUAUUAUAUGCCCUGUAGAUGUUAAUUCACAACCUGAACACAGUCUGCCUGAUAUACAAAGUACAGAAUAUGCCAUACAAUUCCUGAAAGAAAGAGCCCUGAAUAAAAGCAAGCAGCCAUUCUUUUUAGCUGUUGGUUACCACAAACCUCACAUACCCCUGAAAUACCCUAAAAGUUAUCUUGAUUUGUACCCUUUUUCUGAAAUAAAACUACCAAAAGACCACAAUUAUCCUCCAGGCUUUCCAGCAGUAGCCUGGAACCCAUUGCUUGAUCUUCAAAGAAGGGAAGAUGUUGCAAAACUGAAUGUUAGUUUUCCAUUUGGGCCUUUACCAGACCAUUUCCAAAAACUUAUAAUUCAGAGUUACUAUGCAGCUACCAGCUACACAGAUGGUCAGAUAGGACAGUUACUUGCUUCUUUGGACAAAAAUGGUUUUGCUGACAAUACAAUCAUUUCAAUUAUUGGAGAUCAUGGCUGGGUUCUUGGGGAGCAUCAGGCAUGGUCUAAAUUUUCUAACUUUGAAGAGGCAGUUCGAGUACCUUUUAUAAUGCAUAUUCCUGGUCUAACUUCAAAAACUUUUGCACCUGGUUUGAAUUUUCCCUUUCUAGAUUCAUUCAAAUUUUUUAACAAGUCUCAAACCCUGAAAGAGUCUUUAAACAUUAAAUCAAAUAGACUGAGAGGAAAUGAAUAUAGUACCAAUGAAUCACAUGAUGCAUUAAAUGCUGUUUCUCACAAACAAAUUGAGAGUGAAUUUGCUAUGCCUUUCAUUAAAAAUACUCAGUUUGUCAGUAAUGUUUUUGUGGAGCUGGUAGAUUUAUUUCCUACGUAUGCAGAGCUAGUUGGUUUACCUCUACCUGAGCUAUGUCCCCGAAACUCAUCAUUAAUCAAAGUAUGUACAGAAGGAGUCAGUUUAGUAAAAGUGAUCAAGGAAACUCUGAAAUCACCCAAUGUACCCAACAGUGUCAGUCGAAAUUGGAAAAAGGCAACUUUCAGUCAGUAUCCUCGUCCAUCAGAUUUUCCUCAAAUGGAUAGUUUGUUGCCACAUUUAAAGGCCAUCAAAAUCAUGGGAUAUUCAAUGAGAACCAAUGACUAUAGAUAUACAGAAUGGGUAGGGUUUAAUCACACUAGUUUUACUCCUGUAUGGGAAAACUUGCACGCAACAGAAUUAUACUCCUUCAACUCUUCUGACUAUAACAGAGCCAUAGAUCCAAAAUAUGCUUCUUUAGUUAGAGAGUUAUCAAAGAAACUUCAUGCUGGCUGGAGAGCAGCCUUACCCCAAAAUAUAUAUUAAAGUACUAAAAAUGUGAGAGCUAUGAAAAAUAUGCAAAUUCAUAGCUAUCUUGCAUGAUCAAUUUACAGCCAAGACUAAAUAUAGUUGAAAUUUGUAGAAAAACAAAAGAUGAAGACAGGUGUAUGAACAACAAGCAAGUGUAUUAGUUUGAUGCUCGGAAAAAUGAAAGUCUUUUAUGUUUCAAGCUCACGUUCUUCAGCAGAAAGAAAUAGGAGAGAAUAAACAGAGAGAAAAAUGAAGAAAAAGUUUUUUACGUUUUGAGCAUUAAUAUAUAUAGAUAUCAAUCAAUGUUUAUUUAUUAUCCCAAAAUAGGGGAUUAAAAGUCAUUAGGAAACAGAAGUCAUUCUGGAUUAAUCUCCCUCGCUGUUCUUGUCUAAAAAAUCUCACAAAAUAUUGAUCAAAGUUCUGUUCAGUGGAAUCAAACCAUAAAGAUAUGGCUCCAAAGAAUGUAUCAAAUAUAUGUCUGUAUCAAAAUUAUAUAAAACCUUCAUUUAAACAAUGCCUGUUUGAACAAAGUAUAUCAAAAAAUUUUUUAGAGGUACCAUAAUAAAGGUGGCAUUUCAAAAACAGCAAGAGGACACCCAGGAGUAACAAUGCCUGGCUCCCUUACAGUGUCAGGAACCAAUGACCCAAAACACUUGCUUGUUGGGUGUUCUUCCUUUAAAGAUUUCUCAUGUCUGCUCAUCCUGUAGUGAGUUCCCACUUACUGUGUGUGUGUGUGUGUGUGUGUUUGUGCGCGUGCAUACAUGAGCUUCAUUUGAACAAUAUUUAUAUUUGUUGUUUAAACAAAUAUCAAAAAAAUAUUUUAAAGAUAUCAUAAUGAAAUAUGUCUUCUAUUUUUGAGAAACUAUAUGUUUUAUGAAAAGUCUUCCAAGUUUAAUUUGAAGUAUGAUAUAGUUUGAAAAUGUAAUGUAAGAGAAUGGAUGAAAUUAAAGUGACUGAAAUCCAGAAGGAAUGAAAAUAAAAAAUAAUCUGAAUAUAUUGAAA